AUGAAUGUGAUGGGUUGUGAAACAAAUGAGCUGGUUGCUAUUAAGAAGUUCAAAGACAGUGAAGAAAAUGAAGAGGUUAAAGAGACAACCCUUCGGGAGCUGAAGAUGCUUCGCACGCUGAAGCAGGACAACAUCGUCGAACUGAAGGAAGCCUUUCGCCGCAGGGGGAAGCUCUACCUCGUCUUUGAAUAUGUCGAGAGGAACAUGCUGGAGCUGUUGGAAGAAGUUCCUAACGGUGCAGCACCAGAUAAAGUGCGAAGCUACAUCUACCAGCUAAUCAAAGCCAUCAACUGGUGUCACAAGAAUGAGAUUGUGCACAGAGAUAUCAAACCUGAGAACCUGCUCAUCAGCUCCGAGGAUGUCCUCAAGCUCUGUGACUUUGGUUUUGCUCGUAACUUGUCUGAAGGAACGGAUGCCAACUACACCGAGUACGUGGCCACGAGGUGGUACCGCUCACCUGAGUUGCUGCUUGGGGCUCCCUAUGGCAAGGCGGUGGACAUGUGGUCAGUGGGGUGCAUCCUCGGGGAGCUGAGUGAUGGGCAGCCCUUGUUUCCAGGAGAAAGCGAGAUUGAUCAGCUAUUCACUAUUCAGAAAGUCCUUGGACCACUUCCUGCUGAGCAGAUGAAACUCUUCUACAACAACCCUCGCUUUCAUGGAAUCAGGUUUCCCUCAGUCACUCAUCCUCAGACACUGGAAAGGCGGUACCAAGGCAUUUUAAGCGGUUUGAUGUUGGAUCUUAUGAAGAACCUGCUGCUUCUCAACCCUACUGAGCGCUAUCUGACUGAGCAAAGUCUGAAUCAUCCUGCCUUCCAGCCACUGAGGCAGGUGGAGAGAGAGAGACCGCCACCUGCCUCGCCAAAUCCACCUCGCUCUUCCAAGAGGAAAACCCACCAUCAUGGAGAAAACACAGUCCCCACAAGGAGCCACACCAAGAGUUCAAGCCAACGCCGCUCCAGCAGCAAAGAAUGUUCAAGUCUUCCACGUCAUGGAGACCUUCAUCACCUUGGCAAUGAGAAUUUCCUCAACGGUAACAAACCCCCAUCAAGUUUAAGUCCAACACUCCACCCCAAGAGUCAGUAUCUUUCCCAGACACUAAAUCGCUCUGCCUCGUCAAACAAAGAUCUCGCCAAUAACAACCUACCGCAUCUCCUCAGUCCGAAAGAAAUCAAAAACAAACCUGAGUUUGAUUUCAAUUUGGUACCUUCACCCAAGUUGCCAGAACAGGGGCACGGUGCAAAGUAUGGCCACAGCAAGUCCAGUAGUUCCUCUCGAUCUCAGCAGCAACAACAACAACAGCAGCAGCAGCAGCAGCAGCAAGGUGGGCGCCACACCUUCCUGGAAAGCAAGAACAACACCUUACAGUCAGGAGGAGAAAAACAACACGGCAGACACUCCCACAGCGUGGCGGACUCAGCUCACGGGUCAAUGUCAUCGUCGUCCAAAAGCUCGGCCUCUUAUCUCAGCUUGUCCAAAAGCCACAGUGCUCUGAGUGAUGCCAAAUCCAUUGGGAACCUCAGUGAUGGUCGACUUCACCCUGACGACCCAAACUCAAAUGCAACAGCGCCGGUGGGGCCCAGCGCACGUUUCUUCCCUGCCAGUUGUCUUGACCUCAAUGCCCCCUCGGGGGCCCCGGGACCGCCUGGUAGCCCGUCGGCACGACACAGCGAUCGCUCCGGGCACAGCCCCGCAUCCCGUGGUAGCGGCAACGUCCGAAUGGAGAGCAGCACGCUGGACUCAUCCUCCAGACACAAGUCCAGACAUAAACCAAUGGCUCCAGAGGAAGCCAAGGCUCCAGAAAUUUUAGAUCCUGGGGGUUCAGCGAUGCCUGCCACCCACACACUGCCAUCCCCACAUGAUUCGUACCAUUAUGGCCUGGGUUACUCGUCCCCAUUCUCCUCCCAGCAACGGCCUCAACGUCACUCCAUGUACGUGAGGAGAGAACGCCACCGACCUCAUGGCGUAGAUGCUGGAAUGGCAGGCUUGCCCCCUCCAGGUCAAGCGAUACCAACACGAGCUUCUAGCUUGCAGCUCCUUUCACCGCAGCUUCAGCACAGGACAACCCUCACUGGACACUCAGUGAGCUCCUCUAGGGAAGACUGCACAGAUGGCAUGACCAGGGGCGAGCAGUCACCCAAAGACAUGAGCCACCCUUGUGUUCCUAUCAAAGAUUCAACAAGGGACAACACUGCAGCUUUUCAUUCUCAACGACCGCCCAAAAAUGAGGUUGGUAUGUAUCACGAUCCUCAUGGAGAGGAUGGCGUGUCCUCAAAGGAGAACCGUAUGAUCUUCACUGAGUCGAUGCCUCGAAGAGUUGGCAGUUUCUACAGAGUGCCAUCUCCAAGACCAGAUAACUCAUCGUCUUUCCAUGAGGGUGUUGGGCAGGGUCGGGGACCAAUCGUACCCGUUGUCCCCGGUAACCCUGUUUCUAUGGCCAAUCACUCCAAACGCCAGACUGCCUUUGACUGGAGCGCUGCUGAAGCAAUGGUGAUGAAUCCUCCAGAGCCUGCCAAAGAGAAGGAAAAGCAAGGCUUCUUCAGAGCCAUUAAAAAGAAAAAGAAGAAAACACAAAUAACCGACAUGGCGGACGGGAGGAACCCCAGUAUCAGGAAAAGCCUCUUCCCACUCUUCAGCUCCAAGAACAGCAUCAAGCACAACUCAGCUGUCAAAGUCCUUCCUGUCGUGCCCUCGCCGAUGCUGCAACAGCAGCCUCCGCCACCGCCGUAUCCUGGUACAACGGGACCAGUGAACACACAAGAGCAUUUGUCACUGCAGAGGGGCUCCAAGUCAUCCUCUCACCACGGAAGCCGUCGGAAGAACCGAGAGCGAUCUCGAGACAGAGACAGGGAACGAGAGCAGAGCCGAGAGCGGGAACGAGACCGGGAAAGAGAAAGAGGGCGAGAGAGGCUGAAUGACUGGCCUACAGAAAAAACGGCGGACUCGCAUUCUCAGAGCCAACCGCUGAAGUCGCUUCGCAGGCUCCUUCACCUUUCUCCGUCUCCAAACCAAGGCCAGCCCCCUGCUCCACCUCCUCCUCCAGCAGACCUGCGCUUCCAGCCCCCCCUCCCCAACCCCCCUCCGCCAGCUAAAGCAGCCUACACUGAGGGCAGGGGGCAUUCCGAGAGCCGGGGCCACUCCGGGGCCAGCGGGUCGUCGCAGGCCAAGAGUCGUAAGGCCAGCUACCCGCUGCCGGGCCAGCUAGAGUCUGCCUGGCACGUGUCGGCACUGCAACGGGCCGAGGGCGCGCAGUUCACGGCUGAACAGCUGGGCAUCAAAUCGGGGCAGAAUGGACCCACAUUUACCCGUGCCUCCCGCACCAGAAUGCCAAACCUCAAUGACCUGAAAGAGACGGCGCUCUAG